AUGUCGUCCUCCGCUGAGGUUGAUUAUCGGCUCCCAACGAACGUCAAACCGACAGCCUACCACGUUACCGUUCGCACCGACCUCGUCGACAGCAAGUUCGACGGGAUAGUCGUGAUCGACUUAGAUGUCAAGAAGGACACCUCCAAGCUCGUGUUCAAUGCAGCCAAUCUGAGGCUCUCCAACAUUACCCUCACCAUUUCUGGUGCGAAGUCCUCCAGCUUCACUCCAGCUUCUAUCGACUUUGACAAGACGAUGGAGCGCUGCACGCUCGGGUUCCCGGAAAGUGUGCCGGCGGGUGCGAAAGCGCAUCUUAAGAUUGCAUACGAGGGAGAGUUGACGGACGCGCUCAUGGGUUAUUACAAGUCGGUAAGCGGUGAAGGUGAGGUGUAUGCGUUGACACAGUUCGAGCCUACUGCUGCACGCCGUGUUUUCCCUUGUUGGGACGAGCCAUUGCUCAAGGCGACCUUCAGUGUGACCAUGAUCUCGCGUGCCGACACUGUCAGUCUUAGCAACACGACUGCCGAAUCAGAGGACAUCUUCGACCCCAAUGCUGGCAAAUCCGAUGACACAGUCGCAUGGCUGUCCGAGAAGCUGGCUUCGCUCGGUGUGACACAAGGUGAAAGCGAGAAGUGGAAAAUAACUCGGUUUGCGGAAAGUCCGCCAAUGUCAACAUACCUCGUCGCAUUUGCGAAUGGUAGGUUCGAGUAUGUGGAAAGUUCGUAUACUAGUCCUCUCAGUGGCAAGACACGCCCGCUGCGUGCCUACGCAACGAAGGACAUGGUCGACAAAUUGCAAUUUGCGCUGUACGUCAAGGAGAAGGCACUCCCCUUGUACGAGAAGGUGUUCGAUAUCGAGUACCCGCUACCGAAAUUGGACACACUUGUCGCCCACGAUUUCGAUUCUGGUGCCAUGGAGAACUGGGGUCUCAUCACUGGUCGCACCUCUUGUUUCGCUCUUGACCCCAACUCCGAAGACCUGCGGACCAAGAAGGAGAUCGCAAACACGCAAUGCCACGAAGUUGCGCAUAUGUGGUUCGGCAAUAUCGCCACUAUGGAGUGGUGGGACAACCUCUACUUGAACGAAGGUGAGCCAAUCAUGGGCGAGGUGAUCAUACUAGGUGAGAUUUUUCCUGAGUGGAACCUCCAUUCCGCUUUCAUCACCGCGCACCACAAAUAUGCUCUUGACGUCGACGACAACCUCUCUUCCCACCCUGUCGAAGUCGAGUGCCCAGACGCAAACAUGGUGAACCAGAUCUUUGAUGGUCUAUCGUAUUCGAAGGCAGCUUCUGUGUUGCGCAUGCUCUCGAGCUAUGUCGGCGAAGAGAAGUUCCUCAAGGGAGUAUCAAUAUACUUGAAGAAGCACUUGUUUGCGAACAGCGUCACUCGGGACCUUUGGGAGGGUAUCCAAGAGGCGAGUGGCAUUGACGUUCCUAAGAUGAUGGACAAUUGGGUCAAGAAGAUAGGUUUCCCGGUCCUCACUGUUACGGAGACUUCCACCGGCAUACAUAUCCAUCAAGAUCGUUUCCUUGGUACAGGACCCGCACAGCCGAAGGACAACGAGACGAUUUGGACGGUGCCCCUGAGCCUGCUGACAGUCGAUGGAAAGGGCAAUGUUGUGAUAAACAAGGACGAAGUACUCGACCAGCGUGAGAAGUCAAUUUCGCUGGACGUCAACAAACCGUGGAAAAUCAAUGCGGGGACAGUCACUUUCUGCCGUGUGCUAUAUCGGCCUGAUCGACUUGUCGCAAUUGGUCGGGAGGCUGCGAAGGCAUCGUCACCGUUCUCAAUCGAGGAUCGCAUGGGGCUCGUCGACGAUGCGUUUGCAUUGAGCAAGGCAGGCUACUCAGAGGUCAGCUCGGCACUGGCAUUGACGGAUGUUCUGCGCAACGAGUCGGAAUAUCUCGUGUGGGAAAGCAUUCGGAGGAAUCUCGCGCUUAUUCGCUCGGUCUGGUGGGAAGACACGAACAUCGCGAAUUUGAUCGAGGGUUUCCUCGCGGAGCUCUUCACGCCGCUCGUUGACAAGCUAGGCUAUGAGUACUCCAGUCAAGAUUCUGCAGAUACGAGGGAGUUGCGGACGUUGGCCAUCGAAGGCGCCACCUCUGGAAAAUCGCCAAAGGUGGUCGAGGAACUUCGCAGCCGAUUCUCUCAUUAUAUGAUAACCGGUGAUGACAGCAAGAUCCCUCCGGAACUACAAAUUGUCACCUACGCAGUUGCCGUUCGGGAAGGCGGUCGCGCAGAGUGGGAGGGUGUCAAGAAGAUCGCGCUGCAGCCCAAGAACCCCGCGACGGGAAUCGCGGCGAGGAGAGCGCUAGCGCGAACACAGGACCUGGACAUCGCGAAGGACACCUGGAAGUUCAUGAUGGAGGACGUCCGAACGCAGGAUCUGUACUACAUGGUUGGCACCUUGGGCGUCAACCCCAGCACGAGGCGCUUCUUGGCGGAGCAGUUCAAGGCGGAUUACGAGUUGCUGGACAAGAAGUUCGAGGGCAACUACGGCUUCCAAGACAUUGUUGCGAUAUCAUUCCGCAAUCUGUCCGCAGACAAGGAUUAUGAAGAGACCGCGCAGUUCUUCAAGGACAGGAACACCGAAAAGUACAAAAUGAAACUGGACCAGACGCUGGAGGACAUCCAGGUCCGAUCGGCGUGGGUCAAGCGGUCGACGGAGGACAUCCGGAAGUGGUUCACGUCGCGCAAGAGCGCGUUGUAG